UUUGUAGUUUCGUCUGUCAAAUAGUUGACAGUUGCCCAUAAUAUUUGGUUUGCGUUCUGUAGAUUCCAAACGACGCGAUUAAAGUUGGCGGAAUCGUAUUGGAUUUACGAUCUUUCAUUAUUUCUUGAUCUAAACUCUCGCUAGCAUUAUGGCUGACAGACUUACUCAACUCCAAGAUACAAUAAACCAGCAAGCUGAUAAUUUUUGCAACAGCAUCGGAAUCCUGCAACAGUUCUCCACACCUAGUAAAUUCCCUGGCUUUGACCGUAGUGGAUCACAAACACCUCAGCAACAGCAAGAAGUCACAGAUUAUGCCCAUUUAUUUGCCACAUUAAUUGCAAGGUGUGCCAAGGAUAUAGACGUUCUCAUAGAAUCAUUGCCUAAUGAAGAUUCAUCUACGGAACUUCAGGUAGCAAGCUUACGUCAGCUAGAACAAGAAAGUCAAAAGGCUGGUGAAAGGUUAGAAGACGUUGUAGCUCGUGGAGAAGUGCUUCUGAGUCAGAUUCAAAGUGCUUUAGCUGAUAUAGCUCAGAGUCAGCUUGAUAUGCAACAUUCAUCACCAUCACACAUAUCCAAUGGGAAUGGUAUUGGUCAGGAAAUCAGUCUACCUUCGAAUAAUAGUUACCCAUUUGUGAAUAGCAAUAGCAAUAUGCCUGACAGUAAACCAGCAUUAAAUACUGGAUUCUGAAUUUCUGUUAUGAUUGUGGAAUGUUGUGAUUGAAAGUUCAAGAAACCAGGUCUCAAUUUGCAGUCUCAUUCAAAUAAGACUAGAAUUACGAGAGUCCUCUCUUUGAUAAUAUGUGAAUAUUUUGUACUUGUCUUGCAUGAAUAAGGGUGAAAGGUGCUUGAUUCAUACAGUAAAUAUUUCAAAAGUUGAGAAAAAAA